AUGUAUUCAGUACCAGAUGACCACGUAUCAUCUCGACGUGUCUUAGAUAUACCUGAAGCAUUGGAAACUUUAGACCGGUGCUACCGACUUCUAGCAUCAGCCAGACCAGCUCGAACUCCAUUAUCUGCAUCGUCUAAUAAUGCUACUCCACCAAAUGUCUUAGGCAGAUUUCUGAAGAAACAAAUAUUUGAUUUGAUCAAAUAUAGAACGACAAAACUUGACCAUAACCUGUUUGAUGUUAUAUGGCCAGCAGUCAAAAAACUACCCGAUAAUAAGAAUAUUAUCCAAACAGUAGAAGAAGACUUUUCAGGAGGAGUUUCAUCUCCAGAUUACUAUGUUUUUGAAGUAUUUGCGGAAUUUUUAUUGCCACUCAUUAAGGAUAUGCAUAACAUAAAUAUUCACUCUGAUUUACCCGAUCAUCCAAUAACAGAUUUUGUAAAAAAUAGACUUCUAUCUGAAUCAUCAGAACCUUUAAUUGAAAUAAACAUUGAUCCUAACAAUGAAAUUGUUUUAUCGGGCACUAUGGAAUGCUCAAGAAAUUUAGAUGGUUUUGAGUUACCACUUAAUCUUAAAGUUGGUAAAUUAGAAAGUGUAGAAAGAAUAAUUACAACAAUACUAAUGAGAGAAGAUUUUUCUAAAAUAAUUGGACAACUCAGCCCUGAACCAGAUCAAAAGGGAGGCACGUAUUAUACAUUGAAUGAAGUCUUAGAAAAACCUUCUGAAAUAUCGGCUACUUUAGCAUCAGCAGGAUUAUUAAUACCUCUGUGUGAUAAAGAUGACAUUGAUGAUUUUAAUCUUCUUCACGGAAAACACUGGCCAUACGCCCGUGGUGUAUUUGUUAGUGAUGAUAAAAGUGUAGCCAUUUGGAUCAAUGUACAUGAUCACUUACGCGUUCUCAUUUCCACACCAUUCGAUUCUCCGGGACAUAUUGGCUUAACCUUUAGUAAACUAUCUCAAAUUAUGGCUUAUUUACAUAAUAAACUUGACUUUGUUUGGGAUCGAAAACUCGGUCACUUGUCUAGUCGACCAUCGUUUUUAGGAGCCGGAAUCCGCUUUAGUAUAAUUGUGAACAUCCCCGGCCUUGCAAAAGACUCUGAAAAUAUUAAGCAGUUAUGCACAAUGAGGGGAUUGCAGUAUAGAGAAACGCUUAAUACACAUAUCGCUAGAAUUAGCAAUUAUCAAUGUUUAAGUAUAACAGAAUCAAAUUGUUUCAACGAUUUUACUAGAGCAACAUCUAACCUUUUACAUCUAGAAAAAGAUUUAGCAAUGCAAAAUUCGGACCAUAUCGCAACAAUGCUAAGUAAUAUAUUCAAAAGAAAAAGAAGCAGCUUAGCUGAUAUUCACGAAUCAGCAGAUAAAUUUCGAGAAAACCACUAA